ACCCCAUCCGGUAUUACUUCAGGGUUCCUCACAGAACGCAACAUAGUUGCAAAACACAAAGUUAAGAACCCUAAAAAACUAAAGACAAAAAAAUGAAGCCCUAGAAAAGAAUCAGAGAAGCAAUUUCGCACUCCCUUAAGUCUCAGUCUUUUUCUCUUAUCAUUGUUUCGAUAAACCAUUUGCUGGUUCUUGACUUUAAUUUUGCGUAUUUCGUUUUCGUUUAUUAUUUUAUUUCUUUUCGACAUUGUUUUGCUUCAGUAUUUUCAGGAGUUAAUUAAAUUGGGUGCAUUCGAUUUCCUUGUUCGGGACUCUAAUUUUCGACGCUUUUUCUGUUUCUCCAUCUUCGGUAAUCGUUUUCCUCUACUCCAGUUAGGGUUUCGAUUAACCGGAAUAAUUUUUCCCCGAUUCUCCGGCAACUAUCAUCACUGUUAAAGAAGGUGUUCAGUCAUUUAUAUUUUUGAUACAAUGUCGUCAAAUUCAAAGUACCCAAUUCUGGAUGAUAAGCCCAUUAAUCAGUUGAAGGUUACAGAGCUGAGAGAGGAGCUGAAGAAAAGGAAGUUAGCAACCAAAGGUUUAAAGGAGGAUUUAAUCAAUCGUUUGGAUGAAGCUAUUCGUGAGGAAAGGGAGGGUGCUGAGGUUUCCCCGGAACAGGAGGAGGAUGCUGAGGCUUCCCCCGAACAGGAGGCGGCGGCGGCUGAGGCUUCCCCGAAACAAGAAGAGUCUGCUGUUGAGGCUUCCCCUGAACAGGAGGAGGCUGCGGUUGAGGCUUCUCCCGAACAGGAGGAGGCUGCGGUUGAGGCUUCCCCUGAAAAGGAGGCUGUGGUUGAGGCUUCCCCUGAAAAGGAGGCUGCGGUUGAGGCUUCCCCCAAACCGGAGGCUGCAGAGGGUUUGGAGAAGGACGAGGCUAAUGGCUUACAUACUAAAGAAGAUGAGGUAAAAGAUUCCCAGACUGAUAAUAUGGAUGCUGAAAAGGGGAAUUAUGGUGUAGAACCAUUUGAAACGGAAAAUGUAGUGAAGGUUCCAGAGGCUGUUGAUAAUGACAGUAUUAAGAGUGUUGAGCAGGAUGGUGUUACUGACCCAGUUAACGAUAAUAAUACUGUGUCGGCCAUGGACGUAGAAGGUGAACAUGCAGUUUUGCCAGUUGGUGUAGAAUCUGAUAACGCGGGAGAGGAGGUAGUUGCCCAUCCUUCCACUGUGGAGACCACUGUGGAGACUACUGUGGAGACCACUGUUACGGUCACUGAGACUGUAGAAACUGAAGUAGUAGUCACCGGUCAGGAUUCGGAUGGUUCAGAGAAGAAUAAUGAGGAUUCAGCAGCCAAGCUAGAGAAUGAGGAAUCAAGGGCGCAGCUGGAUAGUGAGGAAUCAAAGCUCCGACUGGAGUGUGACCUGAAGCCUACAUGCGACGUUCUCAUGCCCAUCUCUUCUGCUCCAGAAAACCAGGUAUCUGAGGUCAACCCUAGUUUAGGGUCUCAAGUAAAAUCUGAUUCUUUUUCUACUGAUUCUGUGUCAAUUAAUGAAAAGAAUGAACUAAAGGAUACUAUAAUUGCUAAUAAUGUCAAAUUAGAACAAGAUAAUGUUAGGCCAGAGAUGGUGGAAGAACCAUCAUCCAGAAAUGACGUACCUGUUUAUGAUGAAUCGCAUUCAAUGGAUGUUGGAGGGAUGCAUGAAAAAAAGUCACAUGUUGAAGAAAAUAACAACAAUGUUACAAGUCCAGAGUUGAACAAAACCAAUAGUAGUGAUGAUGUAGGGUAUCCAGAAAAGUUGAACUUGGACAGAAGUUCUGGGGAUGAUUCCAUGGAAGAGGACUUGCCUGAGACUAGGCAAUAUGAUUCUAAGUUUAAUGUUGAUGAACUUAGGGACAAAGUCGAGAAUAAUGAAGUUCCUAUGGUCAAUGAAGAAAGCAAACCAAUGGUUGAGGGAGAUGGUGUAUCCGCAAGAAAAAGCGAUACCCAUCAAGAUAUUGACAUUAGUCCUGUUUCCUUGACUGAGAAGCGAAAAUAUCCUGAGCAAACAUUAGUUGGAAACAACGAGCCUGCAAAAAGGCAACGAAGGUGGAACACUGAUACAAUUAAAGGAUCAGAACUGCAAAGCACUACUCCCAGACCCGCCAUUACACCCAAGGAAGGACAAAUUACUCUGAAGCGCAGCUUUUCUAGGUCUAAUUCAUCAGCAACUGAUGAUACACCUAAAGAACGCAUUGUUCCACCAUCACGAAGGACCCCGACUAAUUCCCUCAGGAUUGAUCAAUUCCUUCGUCCAUUUACCCUAAAAGCAGUGCAAGAACUUCUUGGCAAAACUGGGAGUGUCAGCAGUUUCUGGAUGGACCAAAUAAAGACCCAUUGCUAUGUUACUUACUCGUCCACUGAAGAGGCCGUUGAGACACGAAAUGCUGUGUAUAACUUGCAAUGGCCUCCAAAUGGUGGGCGGCUCUUGGUUGCAGAGUAUGUUGAUCCUGAAGAAGUGAAAAUGAAGCUAGAAGCUCCUCCUACUCCAACUGCCUCUGUAAACAGUGUUCCAACACUUCCUCCCGCUCCACCUUUAUCACAGCCGGAGCCUUCCCCGCGUCAGCACAGGGAACAGCAUCUUCCAGUUGCUCUCCCACCUCCACCACCAUUGUCAAGGCCCCCACCAGUUGUAAGGGAACGUCUUCCAUCGCCACCUCCCCUUCCUGAGAAAGUGGAACCACCUAUUGUUACUCUGGAUGACCUCUUCCGCAAAACCACAGCAACUCCUCGUAUCUAUUAUUUACCUUUGUCUGAAGAGCAAGUUGCUGCAAAACUUGCGGCACAGGGUAAAAGUGCGAGGCAUUAAGCAAUUAACAAGCAAUUUGUCUCUGGUAGCUUGAUGCUCUUUUAUUAAUGGCCAGCGUUAGUGGUAUUAUGGAAGCAGUGAGUGCAUCUUGGCAGGUCUGCUGGUGUUUGUAUCACAAUUGUCAUUUGAGAUUUGAAUUUCUUUGCUAGUGUUGAAACUUCUUAAACCAAGAGCCACUUGUGUGGAUAUAUUUCCCUGCUGUUUUAGCUAGUUUUAGUGAACCUUUUCCCAACUAUUUUAAACUUUGAUGAAAAAAUUAGACAUUACCUUAUGUUUGUUCUAUUGCCGUGGAACUGAAUUGUGGGAUCAUUCCGUUAAUGGCACGUUAUUAUUUUUUGUUUGUGUUUUA